UCAUCCCAGGACUGUGAGUCAGGAGGCUUCGAAAGGAUCGUGCCGAAACUCUCUGGAAACUUUGUGAUUCAGGAUUCAAGGCCGCUUUGGACUUUGUCACACAGCCAUCUUUUUCAGCAAAAGAGAGGGGAUUUGUUUCCGUGUGUUUGCAACACAGCAGAAUUUAACAGGAAAAUCAUGCAGAUACCGCCAGCGCAUCGCUUCUUGGCUGUGUAUCUCACGCUGUUUGGAUACCUUGGGGACGUUUACACUGGGACAGUCCUGGUGAACUCCAAUGCCAUCAAAAACCUGCCCGGUGCUUCAGCUGGCAAAGGCACCAAUACCGUCAGUCCGAGUCCGCGCACCUCUCCCUCCGGUAGCAUGGGACACAAAUUACCCGUAGACACCUUGCAGCAGUCAGGUCUUUGCACGGAUGAUGAAGACUGUGGAGGUGAUGAAUUCUGCAACGACGUCCGAGGCGCCUGCCUGCCAUGCCGUAAGAGCCGGAAGCGUUGCGCACGGGACUCUAUGUGUUGUGCUGGAAACCGCUGCAGCAAUGGUGUUUGCCAGGCAAAUGACAUAGAUGGUACAGAUGCAUCCAUUAUCACUGGAUGGCACAAACACAACAACACCAUGGACCAUCACGCCAAGAAGCCUACCACUGCCCACAGCAAUCAGCCUAAUGCUGCAAAAGGCCAGGAGGGGGAUACUUGCCUGAGAUCUGCAGACUGCUCUGAGGGUUUGUGCUGUGCCAGACACUUCUGGUCUCGCAUCUGUAAGCCCGUGCUGACAGAGGGUCAGGUGUGUACACGCCACCGCAGGAAAGGCACCCAUGGCUUGGAGCUGUUCCAGCGCUGCGACUGUGGCGACAGUCUGGCCUGCCGACCAGAGAAAGGAGAGCGAGACCACAGUGUCAGCAGGACUGCCGCCCGGAACCUACACAUCUGUCAGAGGCGCUGACACAAAAGCGUGGACACACACAGAGACAGAAAUACACACACACACACACACACACACACACAAACCCACAAAUCAGUCACAGACACUGACAAACAAUUUUAAGCCUUGCAUACACCAGAGAUGCUGAUACACAUAGACACCCAACACCUAAGACUUUCUAUCCUGCCAAAGUUGCUGACACAAACAGCAUCCGGAAGGAUAGACAUGAUUCCUGGAAAAGCGAUACACCCAGAGGGAUGCACCAGUGCAAGACGGACUGAUCCAAUUCCCUAUCAACAGAUGAGGAGUCGGAAGUUAGGAAGUGACAUUUCAGAAGUCUUGAAAGAUCGAUUCAUGUCUUCGGUAAUGGCAGAGCUGUUUUGUUUCUCUUUUUAUGGAACUUCAAGCCUCAGUUAUUGCAGUAAAUUACUGUAUUGUAAAUAUUAUCCUGAAGGUGGCACUUAAUUGAGCUAUUGAAUUCUGUCAACACCAGUAUUAUAAAGACUUGGUGCUGCAUGCAUUGUA